ACAACGGCACGAUGAUAGCAGCAUUUGCAAUAGGUGUCAUACUAGGCGUUGUCGCCCCUCCCACCGCUGGGCAACUGUCAUCCACGACGGCCUUCUUCACCGUCGCCGGUCCAGCUGUCUGCGACCCUGCAGAUUCGCACUUCACCAGUAACCCAUCCAACUGUUCGACCUUCACCCGGGAAGUAGGUGGCGUGGUGCGCGAGUACAGGUGCGCAGCAGGCAUGGUAUACAACGCUGACAUCAGUAUGUGUGACUGGCCGGUGAAUAGUCCCAUGUGUAAUGUUCCCUCUGAAAAUCCCCCGCUAUACGGCACCGUCCCCAGUGAAUGCCUGAUGCCGUGCUCUGUAACGUACGACGCAGUGUACCCGCUAUUCACCGCCACCCAGGUCAAAUGUGGCGAGUACUACAUCUGUAAUGGGGGACAACUCUUCACCGGAAAGUGUUCCGACAUUGGGAAUGGAGAGUUCCCGUUCUUUGAUUCAACAACGCGAUCCUGCGUGGGCCAGUUGGAGACGAUUAAUGUCAACUGUCCCCCAGGGUCGGCCUAGAGGAGGCGUGUUUGGUUCAGACCGUCCUCAACAGUCACGUUAUAUUCCUCGAAUUCAUGGAAUGGACUUUAUGUAUCGAAACAUGUUCACAAAGUUUAAUUAAAUUUAAAUUUGAUAUUACGUGUUCUAUUCUUAACGAACAAAGGAGAACAAAUUAAAAGAUUAAAAUUCCUCACCUUUUCCUGAUUGUGAGUACGGUCGUGCUUUUGCGCCUACAAGAAGAAUAUCCUAGAACAUUCUUUGGCCAUUAAAAAGAACAUAUUCAAA